AUUUCAUUCGUAUUUCGUAUUUCGCUUCGAACGGUCGUAUCUCCUACAAUUUGUAUCUACACUCUUUUCGCUCGCGUGAAAGUCGUAAAGUUCAGCCCGCUCUCCGCCUUUACAGAAAAUACAACAAAAAAAAGUGCACAAAAAGUUUGCCAGCGGUAGAAAACCAAUUGAAACUGCAAUUGCAAUGCCUAAAAUGCGUACGUGAAUUUCGCGCAGUGUCUCUGUGAAAGUUCAAGUGAAAGCAGAAAGCAGAAACAAAGCGAGAAUACUUGCAAACAAACCAAAAAGAAAGAAAAGAAGUACAUAAGUUUAAAAAAGAAAAAAGAAAAGCACAACCAUGGCAAUUUUAUGUCCGCCGAUGAGUUUGACCCUUCAACGCGCCCCUCCAGCGCCACGCCCACCGCCCAGCCCCCUGGAAACAAAACGAAUCCGUCGAAAUCUAUUCGAUACCGUGCCCGGCGACUCGAAUAUCGAUCAGCUGUUGGCCCAGGAGCAGUGCUCGAAGAGAUUGUACGUCAAGGAGCGAUAUGGAGUCGAUAUCCUGCUGGAGGACCGACGGGAACUGGAUGCGGAUGUGGAAGCCCAUGCACCCAGGGGAAUGCGAUACCCUACGAUGCGAACGUUACCCAGUACCGAUGCUGAUGAGUACAAUCCGAAGUCCAUCAGUCAAGUGCCCAGGGGCGUGGCCCUAACCGCCCCCCAGAUCUCCGCCAGCGCCAAGCUGAUCCUCCAAAAAUGCACACAGAAUAGCAACAGCAACAGCAACAAAAGCGACACCAGCAGUGCGGACCUGGCCAACAGCACGAGACAUGGCCAAAAGCCAUAUGCGGCGCAGCCACAAGGCCUUAAAGGCAUUUACCGCGUUCGCAAGGCCAACAAGGGGAUUUCGAAUGUCAAGAAUAGUUACACCAACAACAUCAAUAAUAACAACAACAACAACAAUAAUGUGGAUAAUGGUACUAGCGAAUUGGGGGAUAAAGAGCAGUAACUUUGAAGGAGCAGGAUAUCGAUGAGGAUGGGCCCCUGGUGGAGCAACAAUUGCAAUAUAUGAUAUUUAUUGUAAAAGUAAUUUUAAUUUCUAAAAUAAUUUGUUUAUUUUUUUUGUGUACCCCCUGUAUGGAUUGUACGUUUGUUUUAAACCAAGACUUGACGGUCCCAAAAUGUUGUAUGUUGCAUGAGGCAAAAAGAAAAAAAAAACAGCCAACCAGAAACAACAUCAACUAUAUGAAAAAACCAGAAAAGAUCGGCGCGCGUGCACGGCCAAAAACAGGCAAAAACUAAUAAUUAUAAUAAUAAUAAUAAUAAAAAUAUGUAUAUCCGGAUGCAUGGCGAAUAUCGAUAUAAUUAUGGAAAUUAUUAAGUUAUAGAUAUGUGUAUGUUAAAUAUUUAUGUGUAAAAAGGAAAUUAUUUGUACAUUGGCAAUACGUAAAUUGUAGCGAAAAUGCGAAAGACUUCAAAUUGUUGGCCGCAGAAUGAUCUGAUUUACGGAGUAGAUUAAAUUGUAAUUAGGCAAUGCUAAUUUUAGACAAGCGAUCGGCGGCGCCAUGCAUCCAUUAUAUAGACUCUUACCCCCAAUCCAAACAAAUUCAAGCGUUCUCAGCGUGUUUUCGGGUCCUGAUGCACGCGUGUGCCAAAAGUAUUUACAAUUUACUUUGUGUCAUGAUCUCAAUCAUUAAAAACAAUUUUAUUAUUUUGUUUAUCUAAAUGUAA